AAAUUCUUGGCUCUUGGCAGGAGAAUUCAAGUACCAACUGGAAGACGCGAAACCAGCGGUAGUAAUUCGCAGAACCCGAAUACUGUCCGAGGAUUCUCGAAGCCUCCAAGGGAAUCAAUGAUUUCAAGGGUGUGGUGGCGUUUGGCGACUGCGAGGGCUGCACUCCGUACGAGGAACUGUCCAGUGAAAGCCAACCACAGGCGACUCUCAAGGACCCCGUGCUGGAACCAAAGGAAGCGGUGAUGGUGAUCACCUACUCGGAGGCACCACCGGCCCGCCGAAGGGCGUCAUGCUCACCCACUACAAUUUCGUUGCCACACAGAUCAUGUGGGAUGCGUGGACGUCCACACUGGCGGUGGCCAAUGCCAAGGUGGCUAGGCCAGUGACGCUCGACUGGAUGCCCCCUGUGCAUUUGUCCGGCAUUGUCACAGUGCUCGGUAACUGCCUCAGAGGCUGCACUACCGUGCUGCUUUCCUCAACGAAGCCUGAAGACAUCUUCGCGGCAGUCGAAAAGUACAGGAUCACGCACAUGCCCUUGAUGCCCACGAGGCUGAUGAUGCUGAGCAACAGUCCCUUGGCCGAGAAUUACAAUCUCACCAGCUGGACCAGUGCCGGACUGGGUGGAGGUGUCGUGCCGGCUUCCAUCAUUGAGGACUUUCGGCGGAAGUUCAACCUGGAGACUAUCUACUUCGGAUACUCCAUGACCGAGCUGACCGGUUUCAUGACGAUGCCCACCACCAACCCCGACUCCAUAGGAUCUCCAUUUCCCAUGACAGAAAUAAAGAUUGUCGAUCCUCAAAGCAAAGAGCCACUGGGACCCAACGAAGACGGCGAAAUUUGUGCCAGGGGACCUCAGGUCAUGAAAGGCUAUCUCAACAACAAGGAGGCCACGUCAAAGACAAUAGACUCCGAGGGAUGGCUACAUACGGGCGAUGUCGGCCACUUCGACGAGGAUGGCAACGUCUGUGUGGUGGAACGCAUCAAGGACCUGAUUCGCUGUAUCGAUAUUCACGUGGUUCCCGCCGAGCUGGAAGAAGUCCUACUAAGUCAUCCCAGCGUAGCGGAAGCCGUGGUGGUGGGCGUUCCUCACAGGGAAUUCGGGGAGGCGCCCCGGGCUUUUGUGAUACUGGCCGAGGAUUCAUGCUUACCAGACUGCGACAACGAUUCCCUCGUCGAAGAAAUGCUCCUUCACGUUGCCGAGCAAGUCGAGUACGCAAAACAGUUGCACGGAGGGCUCGAAUUCGUGAAGGACCUGCCGAAGUCCCCUGCUGGUCAAUACCUACGCCGGGAACUGCGUUCGACAUACUUAAAGAAAAGUUCUGCGCCCUUUUCAAACUGACUGGACCAGUCGACAUCACUUCAAAUCUCCACACAACAGAAUUAUUUCGUUAAAGUGGAUGCAUUCAUUUUUCUCACAUGUAAAAGGAUACCAGAACAUUACGAUUUCCAGCCUCGUCAGAAAUAAAAUUUCUUGGGUUUGACCGUAAUACGACUUCAAUGAGUAGGUGAAGUAACACAGAAGUUUUUCACACACUUUAUUGAAAUAAAGAGUUCAAUAAAAAUUUCAAAGUUUGUAGAA